UGCCCCAGAUGCGCGUCCACAGCUCCAGCAGCAUCAUCUGACAUCAUCAACUCAAGCUGUAGACAUGGGCAACUGCAUCGGCUCCAGGGGCAUCUGCGACCGGCCAAAAAACACCAACAUCAGACUCAGUUUACCCGCAGUGUGCUUCGUCUGGCAGCUGUCCAUGAUCAUACUUUUCGGGGUGUUUGUGCGGUAUAAUGAGGAGGCAGACACUCACUGGGUUUACACGAAAAGGGAUAAAAACAUAACAAGUGAUAUUGAGAAUGACUACUACUUCAGAUAUCCAAGUUUUCAGGAUGUUCAUGUCAUGAUCUUUGUGGGCUUUGGGUUCCUCAUGACCUUCCUAAAGCGCUACAGUUUUGGUGCCGUCGGAUUCAACUUCCUGAUAGCUGCUUUCGGCCUCCAGUGGGCUCUUCUGAUGCAAGGCUGGUUCCAUUCAUUGGACUACACUGAUGGAAAGAUCAAGAUCGGUAUCGAGAACUUGAUCAAUGCAGAUUUCUGUGUGGCGGGUUGUCUGAUCGCGUACGGUGCAGUGCUGGGGAAGGUCAGCCCGGUUCAGCUGCUGGUCAUGACUCUGUUUGGCAUCACGCUGUUUGCCGUGGAGGAGUUCAUCAUCUUAAGUGUCCUCCACGCCAAAGAUGCUGGCGGCUCCAUGGUCAUCCACACUUUUGGAGCUUACUAUGGUCUCUCCAUCUCUUGGGUUUUAUAUCGGCCUAAUCUGAAUAAAAGCAAGCACAUGAACGGGUCCGUCUACCACUCGGACGUAUUCGCCAUGAUCGGAACACUUUUCCUGUGGAUGUUCUGGCCGAGUUUUAACUCUGCUAUUUGUAAUCAUGGAGAUGGUCAGCACAGAGCCGCCAUAAACACAUAUCUGGCCCUCGCCUCCACCGUCCUCACCACUGUGGCAAUCUCCAGCCUGUUCGAGAAAACCGGAAAACUAGACAUGGUGCACAUCCAGAACUCUACCCUGGCGGGUGGUGUGGCUGUAGGCACUGCAGCAGAAUUCAUGCUGACGCCAUAUGGCUCUCUAAUCGUGGGCUUCUUCUGUGGCAUCAUCUCCACACUGGGAUACAUCUACUUCUCUCCAUUUUUGGAGGAGAAGCUGAAGAUUCAGGACACCUGUGGCAUUCAUAACCUGCACGCCAUGCCAGGGGUCAUCGGGGGAAUAGUGGGAGCCAUUUCAGCCGCUGCUGCCAGCAAUGGCGUUUAUGGAGACUUAGGUCUGGAAAACAUCUUUUACUUCUCUGGCCCAUAUGGGAAGCGGUUGCCGACUAUACAGGGUGGAUACCAGGCAGCGGGACUGUGUGUGGCCUUGUGUUUCGGCAUCGGCGGAGGAACGUUUGUUGGGCUAGUCCUGAAGCUGCCCAUCUGGGGGGAUCCAGCUGAUGAACACUGCUUUGAUGAUGAGAUGUACUGGGAGGUUCCUGAGGAUGAAGAAAGCAUUGUUCCUCCUGUCUUAUCAUACAACAACCACAUGAUCCCCAACAACAAACAUGAGGAGAUGAGAGAGACCAACUUUGCAGAACAGCCGUAAAACUGAAGAAGAUCAGCAGAGAGAGGUCAGAAACAACACAACUAACUACACCACCAGCCAAAAACAACACCACCGGCCUAAAACAACACAACUAA